GAUUGCAAUUCUCAUUCUCUAGCUAGAUCAGAUAGAAACUGGCGCUUUGGGAGAGACUGGCCAAUUCCGACGUGUUGUACCUCCUCAGGUUGUACACAACCUGUAAGUCCCGGGCUAAGGUUGACCACUCAGAGCAACCCAAACAGAUUCAGGGUUCAACCUCGCGCGUCUCGCUGGAAUUGUCCAAUUCCCGUCCCCGGUCGUCGUCCUCGACGCCGAAAUGCCAUCCCCUUCCAAAACAACCCUCAAAGCCGCUGUAUCGAGGUGUCCAGCAUCCCACCCAGCUGCCGACUCACAGCGUAAUUCAAACCUGUCGCCACCACGCGCCGCCAGAAUCAAACCGGCUGCGGGAAUUUUAACGACGGGCACGACUGCUGCGGGCAGGAGAACAGCUCGCAUCACCACCACAACAGCCGCUUGUUCAGCUGCCGCCACGACCUCGACCUCCCGCCAUCCGCUGCGAUUGCGCGACCAAAAUGCCACGCAGACGUUGCGGGCUGUGAAACCAAGACGCGAGGCAACAAAAUCGCCCGUGUUUACCGCCUCCAAGAUGCCGCCGUAUGAGCGACCGCCCGUUGCUGGGCAUCGGCAGCCAACCGUCGCACGAGCUGUCAACAAACCGCCCCUAACCCCGAAGAUCGCGGCACGAGCGCCAACAUCGCAACAACCUCCCACCCUCGCAACAACACCACUCGGACGCCGUCCGCCUUCCGAAUCGACCGUAAAUGCCAGCGGCUCGCGCGACCGAGACGACUUGACGUCGCCCGUCUCUGCGUUUCUGAGCAGCAACAUCACCCCGCGGUCUGGCUCGCGACAGAGUCGCGUCGACAGCGUCAACAGCACCCCGAAUAGCACACCGAAUCCGGAUCGUAACGAAUCGUUGGAGACGCGAUCGGGCUUGGGCGUUCCGGGGGGUGAUGACACACACAGGAAGCCAGCCUUGACGUUUAGCCCCCCAUCAGAAGUUGGAACCGGCGCGAAACAAGACCGAGACUCGAAAUUCUUCUAUGCCUCGGAUGCUCAAAAGCCGACGCCGCAGCCUACGAGUUCGAGGUCGCCGCCGGUACAACAGCCGAAACCCCCAACUUUCUUCUAUGCAAACGGCAAUGUGGCCCCUGAGCGGCCUGGCGCACCUCCUGUGCCGUUCUCUCCGCCCCUGACAUCGCUCUCAUCCCAGGACGGGCUGAUGAGCAAGUUCAUCUACGCCAACGGAGCCCCUGAGUUGCAGCCGGCAGCGAAGAUCGGGCGAUCGCCACAGACAUCGUCGGGCUCGGUUGUCUCGACGGCGUCUAGGUUGCCCACGAGUAAGCAGGGAAGCAUUCCGAGGGCUACAUCGCCUGUCAAACACCAACAGCACGCUGCGCCGCCGAAGCCUGGCGGCUCUACCGCCACCUCCCCGCGGUCUCCUGGUCCAGUGAUAAGUUCUCAGGGCAGCAAUCAGCCGAGCUUGGCCAAAGUAGGGGCUGACACUCAUGCUCGACCCAAAUCCCACAUCAGCACCAAGAGCGGCGCCACUCCCGAGCCCCCCGCCACCACGAGACGUGUGUCGGCCCAGAGCUCUGUUCCGUCAUCUGGAAGCACAUCCCCGUUGCAAACUCCACAGCCUGGGUUGACAUUACCUCCCAACCCGGCCUCAGCCGGUUUUUCAUCUCUGCUACAGGCUGCUGAAGAUUUCGCGGGACCACCAGAGGACGCCCAGCAGCCCGAGUCCCUGAACAGCCCGACCAAGACAUCAUCGCAGGACGGACAACAGGCCACAGAAGAUCUCGUAACCAAUGCGCGGCGGGAGCGCAAGGUGCAAGACCUGGAAAUCACCAACGCCAGCCUCGAGGCCAUCAACCGCACGCUUGAGAGACAGUUGAGGAAGCAGACUGCCGAGCUGCGCCGCUACCAGCGGCUGUCUCGGUCCGGCAGGCUGAGCUUUGGCUCGACAGUGGCGGGAAGUAGGGUUCCCUCAGAGUCGACGGUGGAUGGCGGGGGGUUGGCACGAGCAGGGAUGGGCCUGGACGACCUGAGCGAGGAAGAGAGCGAGAUCGCGGCCGAGGACGCCGAGCUUGAGGAGCUCGAAGAGGAGGAGGAGGACGACGGCGAUGUCUCGGGCUCGGAGGCUUCCGGCGCGGGGGAUCUGAGCCUCGGCGCAAACGAACUCCGGCAGCGGAAGCGGCGGAGGGAUGAACGGCGGCUCCAGUUGGAUCUAUCCAAGCACCAGCAGCUGCUUGUCGACAGCCAGAAAAUCAACCAGAGCCUCAAGCGGUGCUUGGGGUGGACCGAGGAGCUGAUCAAGGAGGGCAAGCGCGCGCUUGCGUACCAAGUCCGCGUCAGCGAUGUCGAACUGGGCGGGAGAGUCCUUGCUCCAGAGGAGGUGGAGAUACGGGAGCGGGAGGACGACGAGGCCGCUGAGGACGUCACCCUGGGCGACGAGACAAUUCACGCGGUAGACGCGCUCGGCGGGGGGUCCCUGGCUGAGGCCGACGCGUCGUCGGCAUGGAGCAAAGGACCGCAGGACAGGGAUAGUGGGAUUGAGUUGACCGCUGACGGCGGGUAGAAACAAAACAACUUGACAGAGAAUGAUGGCGGAGUUAUCGCAACAUCCAUACACACGGAGUACUCUCACCUCAAGGUAUGACUACACAAUUGUCAGAGACCAGGGUUGGGCAACGGAAUAAGUGCAGAACAGGCGCAGAAUGGGUGAGUUGGCUUGCUUUGCAUUGCGCGGAAUUACAAGGUCGCCAGACGCGGCUCUUCAUAAAAUAGGGGCGAUUACAUAUCCUUCCCUACAGAUUAUUUUCCUUCUUUUCUUGUCCUACAGCUCACAGAGUCACCCUCCGGACGCCAGCGUUUUCUUUUGUCGGCCUUUGUGUACUCCUAGAUACCCAGGCAUAAAGGAAAAGACCGAGGGCCAACGAGCCUGGCGGCAGCAGGAAACCGUGUUUGGCUUUGGUUUAAAAUGGUUUUGCAUUUCUUGUGUUGGGGUUCUCCUACAAAUGAUGACUCCCUGAUACCCCAUCGAAUUGUAAGAAUGAGAAUCUCAAUCAACAUCUCGG